AUAGGACUCAUGUCUCCACUGAGGUUGUUGUGCCUAUCGGUAUCAAACAUGUCCCGAAGCCUCAGGAUAGGGAUGAGGCUUGCAAGAGUUUCAUCAACGCUAAAAAUCGAAGAGGGUGCUACAAGAGAAAUGCACCAACAUGGGAAACGAACAGCUCAAUUCUGAUGGAAGAUGGGUAUGUAUGGAGAAAAUAUGGACAAAAGAUAACAAUGAAUGCAAAAUACCUCAGGAGCUACUACAGAUGCACUCACAAGUAUGAUGAGGGUUGUCCAGCAAUCAAACAGGUUCAGAGAGUUCAAGAGGACCCUCCAUUGUAUAGGACAACUUAUUAUGGCCAUCACAAUUGCAAGAGUUCUUUAAAUCCACAGAUAAUGUUGGAACCAGAUUCUUCUGAUUCUUCUUCUAUGUUCCUUAGCUUCAGUAACACCUUCUCUAGCAAAGAAGAAUACCCUUUUUCAUCCAUGAAACAGGAGCCUAUGGAAGUGAUUCCGGAGGACUACAGUGUUCAAAACCAACUACCCUCAUCAGAUUACCUUAUGUUAUGUGACUAUGAACUUGAUUUCAAUUAUUCGAGUCAUGUUACUAUGCUAUCAUCCGCAGAAUCUGUUCAAUUUGAUUAUGCGAGCAGUUUGGAUUUUGAUGGAUAGGCAUGUUUUGGUCUACACUCUACAAAAUUUGUUGUGGUGAGGGCAAGGCAUUGGUGACUUUGUUUGGCACAGGGUUUUAAUUCUAUGAAUUUUAGUUACCUUGAUUAAGAAAAGUCCUUUACAGCAUUAAUUGAGGGACCCCUAUUUAUUUUAGCUGCUAAAAGUAAAUAAAAAAGUUGUUUUCUGAAA